UACAAAAUACAAGAACGUGAAUGCAAAUAGCGUAUACAACGGGUCAUCCAAGAUAUUUGCUCUUUAUUUGGGAAACACGAAACACGGUUUUAUUUGUAUAUGUUACAGUACACAACUAUUAAAAAGGCAAAAUGGACAUGAUAAAUCAGUUUGACGUAAUUGUAAUUGGUGGAGGUCCAAUAGGUCUAGCAGCAGCUUACCAAUGUGCUGUUAAACAAGAUAAACGUGUUGUUCUUCUAGAGAAGUUUGACGAAUUUGCCAAUGCUUAUGGUUCAAGUCCUGGGUACAGCCGUCAAUUUCGCUACUGUUAUUCUGAAAUGAAUAUUUGCGAAUUGGCUCUCAAAACAUACGACAUGUGGCAAGACCUUAUGAAAGAUAUGGACAACAUGACACUCUUGCAAGAAACUGGUUGCUUUUGGUUUGGUGAUUCCAACGCUAAGACAAGCGAAGGAAAUAUAGAUGAAGCAAUAGAAAAUCUUGAAAAACUUAAUCUCAAGGUUCCAUGUGACUAUAGAGUGCUAGAUGGGAAACAUGUGAUUAUAAAUGAUCCGCAAUUUAAAUUCGUCUCAAGUGCCGUAAAGAACAUCGAGAAAGCAAAAGGUCUGUUUACCACGAAAGGUGGAACCAUCAAUGUUCCAAGUGUAGUUAAUUGCUACGUAGAGGCUUUAAAUAAAUCAAAAUUUGCCACACUUCAUAAGCGAGCACAGAUUACUAAAAUAGAUUACACCAACGACAAUUAUGUGGAAGUGUGGGCCACCGUCCAAAACACCGAAAGGAGAUUUCGCUGUACAAAGAUCAUUCUUACACCAGGUAUCUAUGUAAAUGACUUACUGAACAUCAUCUUCCCUCCAUUUGAAUACGAAAUUAACCUAGCUAUUUACAUCUGGUGCUCCACAUACUUCACCAAGAAACUGGACUGCCCUUCGGGGAAUGAUCCAACAAAUUGGCCAGUUUGGUAUUUCUUUGGUCCAAAUCCCGAUAAAAAGGAUGCUGAAAAACCGACAGAUUACAAAGACUAUUAUGGUUUUCCCUGUGAACCUGAUAACUCAGAGAAUAUAAGAGUUUGUCCAGCGUUCACAUCAGAAACACAGUUUAUCUUUUACGAUUAUCCUCCCUCAAUUUGCGAAAGACCACUGGAUGAACAUGCUUUGAAUUUCACCAGUAAGUUCGUAGAAGAAGCUAUGCCUGACUUGAAUCAAGAACGAAAGAAAGAACAUGAUACAGUUUGUCUGGCUGGUUUUGCUGAGCUAGUCGAAAGUAAACCAAUUGACAAAAGUGCAGGAUUCGUAUUGGACUUUCUGAAACCUGAUCUAAAACGUAUCGUCCUUUUUACCGGCGGUUGGGCUAUGAAAUUUGUGCCAAUGUUUGGAAAGAUACUAGCUGAUCUUGCUAUUCAGGGGAAGACUGAGUACCAAGACCUUAUAGACCCAAUGAAUAUUAACCGAGGGAUAUUGAAGAAGAAAGAAGGUGUGAAGAAUCAGAAAAAAAAUGAAUAGUUUCUUGCAAAAUUGCAAUUUUUCAGAAUGAUUUAGUUUUAGGUUGCAUUUUCAUAAAAAAAUCGAAUGUUUGAAAUAUGCUCAUCACAAUGAAAUUUAGUAGCGCUUUCAAAUUCACAAGGAGCACAAUGUAUUCCAAAAUUUAGAAAAUAAUUAUGAAUAUUUUUUACUUAAAAAUAUAUGUGUUAUGAGCGACUUAAUUUGAGUUUUGUGUGUGCUUGUGCAUGCUUCAGUGAAUCAGUUUUCUGUACUAUCAAUUUGCUCAGCUACACUAUUAAGGCGGAAAUACAUUAAAAAAUUUAUACGUAGACAAAUUAGUAAAUUUAAAUCGUAGCCUCCCUCAAGUUGAAAUUUGUGGCGCACUCUCUAAACUAAAAUUAUCAAACAUGUUAGAUAUUUGUCUUUCAGCGUAAAAUGAAACAUAAUUUACAUAAUAUAUUGGCGCAUGUGACGUAAAGUUUGUUGUGCUAUUGGGCAACUAUGAUAAUACGCAAAUAAAAUCAAACUCUGUCUUCGAGUGGCCCACUAGAAUAGCCCGAGUAAGUAUGUAAUAGCCUUGUGAUAGGGGUCUUUUUAAAAAUUUUCCAUUUUUAUUAACAGAUGCCGCGAUUCAGUAAUUAUUUCAGCCAACGUGUCUGCUAACUUCUGACGUAAACACGAAGCAAGGCAGGCUUUUACAUACGAUAAGAAAAUAGUCUAUCACAAAAACGACUAAAGUCUUAGAUUACGGCUAUGAUUAGGGUUAGACUAUAGAGAAUUGCCUGAGAUACUUUAGUGUGUGCAUGCAGCCAGCGCAAAUGGCAUAUACAAUUAUAUACUUGUUCUAUAUUUUUCUUGGUAUGGACGCUUGUUAUUCGUUAGAAAUCGUCUCUAAAUGUAUACAACUAUUUUUCAUUAAAUAAUGAGUUAUUAAAUUUAUUACAUUGGA